AACCUAAAUGUCAUGACAAGAAUAGACUCACAUAAAUAAAAAUAAAACUAAAAUUAAAUAUCAUGAAUAUUGUUUUAGUACAUUAAAUAAAUUAGUAAAUCAAGUCAUGAUCAUUAAUUUUUUUUCAUAAUGCCAAAAAUGUGUGAAAGUAAAAUUUGUCCUUUGCUAGCAAGUUCUCAUAACUAUAGUCCAGACACUUUAAAUUUGAGCGAAGAUUCCGAUGCUCGACUUUACUGGUUUAAAUGUUUUGAAAAUUUAGUAGAAAAGUUUGCAGUGAGAGCUAAAUUAAGCCAGCAGAAUGAUUGUACAUCCAUUUCCAGAGCUGAGGCUUUCAAAAAAGAAUACAUUGUCCGAUUGAAUGAAUUGAAAAAUUCUAAGUGUAAUCCAUAUAUCCCUUUAACCGUGCGAAUGCUUCUGAAUUUAAAUGAGACAUGUCUACGAAAGCAUGGCUUUACAGACCCCUGGAAGUACCAGAAGGAAAUAGAGAAUAAAGCAGCAUUGAAAUUAUUGGAAAAUCGAUUAAAAGAAAUUGAUAAAUUAGAUAAUGAUCAUAAGUGGAUUGAAUUGUGUAAAGGAAUGUUGGCAGGUAACAUGUUUGAUUGGGGAGCCCAAGCUGUUUCAGAUAUUCUAGAAAAAGAGGAUUCCUUUGGUUUACAAGAAGCACUCAGUAGUAUUCAAUCUCGACCAUGGUUAAUAGACAAUUUAGAUACUUGGUUAAAUCGAUUAAAGAAUGAAUCACAUAAUUGUGCCGUAAUUUUUGUUGAUAACAGUGGGGUCGAUAUUGUAUUGGGUGUUUUGCCAUUUGCUCGUCAAUUGUUAUUGAACAACACAGAUGUUAUACUUUCUGCAAAUUCAGAACCCGCAUUAAAUGAUAUAACACAUAAUGAAUUGACCACAUUAUUAAAGGAAGCAUCUCAAAAAUGCAAAAUCAUCGAACAGAGCCUGGAGUGUGGUCGAUUGAUGGCUAUCGCAAAUGGCCAGACAGGUCCAUGCUUAGAUUUAAAAAAUUUAAACCCAGCUUUAACACAUGCAAUGGUGGAAAAUGAGGUAGAUUUAAUAAUAAUAGAAGGAAUGGGAAGAGCUCUACACACAAAUUUAUAUGCUGAAUUUACCUGUGAAAGUUUAAAGCUUGCUGUUGUCAAAAACAAGUGGUUGGCUGCAAGAUUAGGUGGCGACAUAUUUUCAGUGAUAUUCCAAUAUGACAGUUCAAUACAUUAAUGAUUGUGAUAUUAAUGGAUAAUCAUUGCUUUGUUAGAUUAUUUACAACUAUAUCAUACUUUGUGAAUUGUAGUAUGAAAGAUUUAAAAAACAUAUUAACCCUUUACAUUUGGAAAUGUAAAUUUAUAUUGAAAUAUAUUUGUUAUUUAAUU